CGGGGAGCGUCGCGGUUCAGCCUUCGUCGUCGAAGAGGGUGCAAGUAGUGUUGGUGUCAUUGCAGAGUUAUGGCAGACAAAAAAGCCGACCAAUAUUACACACGGCCCCCCAAACUAGGCAAAUGGGAGGGCUUCAGGAUCUUCCUGUGGAAUCCCGAAACCAGCCAGUUUCUAGGCAGAACGGGAUCCUCCUGGGGAAAGAUCCUCCUGUUUUACCUCAUCUUCUAUGCCGUUCUGGUCGGUUUCUUUGCUGCCAUGUUGGCGGUGUUUUAUCAGACGUUGGACGACACCACCCCCAAAUGGCAAGGAGAUAAAUCCCUGAUUGGGAGCAACCCUGGCUUGGGAUUCCGCCCCAUGCCCCCAGACUCGAACGUUGAGAGUACUUUGAUUUGGUACAAGACUGGCGAGCCCAAAAACGUGCAAUACUGGGUCGAAGAAUUGGACAAGUUUUUGGAGCCUUAUCAGAAACAAACCAUUUCCGAAAAUGUGCAAAACUGCGAUAAUAGAGACAAGCCUGAUGAGGGGAAAUUCUGCGAUUUCAAAAUCAGCAAUGAUAUUGCGCCCUGUACUAAAGACUGGGGGUACGGGUUCGGGAAUAAGGAAGGGGGUGGCCCUUGUAUCUUCCUUAAACUCAACAAAAUUUUUGGGUGGGUUCCCGACUACUAUACUAAUGCAACUGCCCCGCGUGACAUGCCCAAGCACUUGAGAGACCACAUCGUCAAGGAGGAGCAGCAAGGAAAGCACCAUGUUGUUUGGGUCGAUUGUGCUGGAGAAAAUCCAGCCGAUGUUGAGAAUAUCGGCCCCAUCUACUACCAUCCCCAGAGAGGGUUCAAAGCUAAAUAUUUUCCCUUUACUAACGUUAAGGGCUAUGUGAGUCCCUUGGUGGCGGUGCAUUUCGAAAAACCAGCACGUGGUGUGCUGAUCAAUAUCGAAUGCAAAGCAUGGGCGCGCAACAUCCACCACGACCGCGUGGACAGAAGAGGUUCGGUCCAUUUCGAGCUGAUGGUCGACUAAGCGAAGCGAGUGGGGCUCUACCAACUGCCAUAUAGUAAUCGGAAAGAGUCGAGUCAUCAUCACCAGUGACGGUCUAGUUAGACUUUAGUUAAAAAACCCAAAAAAAAAAAAUAAAAAUUAGUUCAAAUCGUAUUGUCUAGAGCAGCGCAAUUUGAAUUUUUGACCCUCUUUGCUAGUAGUUUGACGACGGAAUUUUGGUCAUCGGAUCCAGAGAGUAGCGCCACUGCAUUUCACAAAAGUCAUAGGUUUUUCACACUAGUGUACAAUAAUUGUUGAAAUUUAAUGGAAAAGGUGUGAAUUCGACACUGUUUUCAUGUUUGUGAUAGGAGCGAAUGUGUUUCAGUCUUUUUUUCAGCUAAAUUCGAGUUUUGUACAUAAGUUUCUCGUUCACGUUUUUUUUUUCUAAGUGUUGAGCAUUGUUCUGUUGCAGAACGACGUUGAAAACAUACAAAAAAAUUAAAACUGUUAUUAAAAAUAAUAAGAAUUAAAAAAUAGUAAAUACUAAAUGUUAUAUCUGUACUUCAUAUAUAGUUUAGGUAGUUCUAGGGACAUUCAGAUUUAUAAGUACUUAAUUAGAGUGGCGUAAUUCGUUGCAUUUUUUUCAUCAUGCCUUAUUUCAGCAUCGGCAUUCAUUAGGUAACGCACAAGGGAAACGCGAAGGACUUUCGGACCAGCCUAAUAAUGCCGAUAUUGAAGCACUUACUAGAAUUUUUUUCAGAAAUUAAAUCAAUUCUGUUUUAAUGCAUAGUUGUGUAAAUAAAACAAAUCAAUUCCAUUUGUGCUUGGAUUUGAGACUAAUUAUUGUUUCCGAUGCGUGUGCACAUGUAACGAUUAUUUAUGCUUAUGUAAUUUUUUUAAAAAACUAAUAAAAAUACUAAUAAAUCGGUUCUAAACUUAA